CCUUGGAGAAAUUUCGGGGAAUCCUUGGUCUCAGUACAUCCCUCCUAGCAGCCAGCGGUGCCAUGAAUCUACCGCGCGGUAGUAAGCAGAAUAAUUCGUCGGAAUUGAUUGUGUUUGGAAAAAGGAUUUUACAUCGCCAGCAUCAGCAGAAGCGAAGAUCGUCAUUGUCCAUUCGAGAAUAAAAAAAAGUGGGUGGAAAAGUGUAGCACUUCGGGGCGAACAUACAGCAGUAUCGGAAAUCUAUCGCGAGCGGAUUAGUGUUGGGAUUGUCCGACCAACCAGAAUUGUUGGUGAAUGUGUUGGGAGAUUUGUGUGAAGUUCAGUGAAAGGUUAUCAUUACUGCACAGUAAAGUCAAAAGUGACCAUGAUUGUGAGGUGGAAAGGGAUUUUCCAGAUGUUGAUAGUGACAUUGUUGCUGGUGUGGCCGACGCAUGCUGAAUCUGGACCCAAACGAAAUGAGGAUUGCACUGCCGUUGCAAAAGAUGAGGAAACGUUGCUGGUAUUUUCCACCCUAGGGGGUGGGUUGACCGCAAUCGACCCCAUGACGGGUGAAGUUCGAUGGUCCAUCGAGGACGAACCAGCCAUCCGGGUGCCUUCGUUGUCCGGGAUGAACACCCACUACCUGCCGGACCCUCGCGAUGGCAGCCUGUACACCUACCGGAAUCCCGAAGGAGGCCUGAAGAAGCUCCCCUACACCAUUCCGCAGUUGGUCGCAAGUGCUCCGUGCCGGUCCAGCGAUGGGAUCCUCUAUUCGGGCAAGAAAAGCGACGACUGGUUCCUGAUCGAUCCGAAAACGGGUCGCCGCGAAAAGGUGCUGGGUUUCGGGACUCCUUUGGAUUUGGAAAAAGCCGAAUCGAUCGGAUGGGCCACCUCGCGGUCUGUGUAUCUGGGAAGAACGCAGUACACCGUCAUGAUGUACGACAGCAUGGCACCGGACCGGAACUCGAAGCCGUGGAAUGUCACGUUUUUCGAUUACACGUCUCAUACGAUGGCUCCGGAACUGACGAAGGAGUACGAAUUCCUCCAUCUGACCAGCAGUUCGUCCGGUAUGACGGUUACCAUCGAGCGGAAGAAGGGCACCUCGCUGUGGCAGAAGGACCUCUCCAGUCCGGUGGUGGCGGUUUUCCUGCUGGGGUCCGAGGGUCUCCUCAGCGUACCGUUCCAGACGGUUUCCGACGAGGCGCUGCGCGAAAUCAACGAGGACGGCCACAUCAACAACGUUAACCUGUUUCCCAGCGUGUACGUGGGAGAGGCAUCGAACAACAUCUACGCCAUUCCGUCGAUGGUGGACAAGAACACGGCCACGCUGCCAUCGGAACCGAGAGUUAAUCUUCUGGGUGGUCCCAAGAGGGGCAGCAGCGAACCGGACGAAUCCCCUGGACACGAUUUGAUAGCCACGGACACGGCUCGAAUGCAGAACGAUAACAUCAUCAUUCUGGGUCACUAUCAACCGCCGAAGACGGACGACAGUCUCAAGUUGGACAUUUCGCCGAGUUCGUCACCGGAGCGAUUCUACAAGGAUGGUCAACUGUCGACGGUGCUGCUGGAGUUCAACGGGUUGCCGAAGAAUGGUGGAAAGACAAAAACGAUUGGCGUUCAGACGGAUGAUGCUAACGGCACAAAGGCGGACGGGACGAUUCCGCAGGGGAAUGACACCAGCUUCAGGGCGUUGACAGGGCGGCUGUAUCUGGAUGUGAAGGUUUGGCUGGAAGCUCAGCCGAACAAGCUACCGACGUUGAUGUUUGUGGCACUGUUCGGGAUUGUGGUGUUCGGGUUCUGGUAUUUCCACAUGCAGAUGAAAGCCUUGAAGGAGCAGAGUCAGAACGGGUCGCAGACCAACUCCAACCGAAGCAGUGGGGGUAAUUACGUAGAACGGAUCGAUUUCGGCGAUGGGGAAAUACGCGUCGGGAAAAUCAAUUUCAACACCCAGGAUGUGCUGGGAAAGGGUUGCGAGGGAACGUUUGUAUUUAGAGGGACGUUCGAGAAGAGGGAGGUAGCAGUGAAGAGAAUUUUGCCAGGUUGCUUCACUUUGGCAGACAGGGAGGUGGCAUUGCUACGGGAAAGCGAUACCCAUGAGAAUGUGGUGAGGUAUUUCUGUACCGAGCAGGACAGUCAGUUCCGGUAUAUUGCGGUGGAACUUUGUGCGGCCACUCUGCAGGACUACGUGGACCCGAAAUCGGGCGAGACUUUCCAGAAGCAGAUAUCGGUGCUGGAAGUGCUCCAGCAGGCUACAAGUGGGCUGAUGCAUCUGCAUUCGUUAAAUAUUGUCCAUCGAGAUAUUAAACCGCAGAAUAUUCUGUUGUCCCUUCCGGAUAACAAGCAAAGAGUGCGAGCGAUGAUUUCGGACUUUGGGUUGUGCAAGAAACUAAACUACGGAAAGGCGAGCUUCUCGCGAAGAUCCGGAGUUACUGGGACUGACGGCUGGAUUGCACCGGAAAUGCAACGUGGCCAUCGCACUACAACCUCUGUGGAUAUUUUCUCCCUGGGUUGUGUGUUCCAUUAUGUCAUUUCCAAAGGUUACCAUCCCUUUGGAGACAAUCUGAAGCGCCAAGCAAACAUCAUUUCCGGGGAGUAUGAUCUCCGGACACUCUACAGGGAGGAAGUUCCUAAGAACAUGUCUGUGUUGGCAGAAGAACUGAUUUGUGAUAUGAUUACUGCCGAUCAAAAUAAGCGGCCACCAGCGUUAGCCGUACGCAACCAUCCCCUGUUCUGGAGUAACGAAAGGAUACUCUCAUUCCUGCAGGAUGUUAGUGACAGGGUUGAGAAGUCCGAUGUCCUGACUGAUCCGUUGCGAACGUUGGAACGCAACGCCCGGAGUGUCGUUUUGGAAGACUGGAGCUUGCAUUUGGAUCAGGAAAUCACAAAUGAUCUGCGCAAGUACCGCGGCUACCAAGGCUACAGUGUUCGAGACCUUUUGCGAGCUUUGCGGAAUAAAAAACAUCAUUACCACGAACUAACGCCGGAUGUGCAGGAAGCUCUCGGAACCAUCCCUCACCAGUUCACCCAAUAUUGGAUCAAUCGGUUUCCGCAUCUCCUAUCGCACGCCUACCACGCUCUAGCUGACUGCUCCCAUGAGCCCAUAUUCCACGCCUACUACAACGAUGAGGUCAAGUACCGCUUCAGUAAGCCAGCCUACUUCGACGAAGAGGGCAACGAUAACUACGAACUGAUCCGCUACUACGAAGGAGCCCAGAAGGUGAAAGCCAGCCAGAGCCCCAAGCGGAAGCAGGUUACCAUCCAAGAUCCGGACUCGGCGCCGUCAACCCCGCUGAAAAACAACCGCCGUGGAACGUACAACUUCAGCAAAUAUUCCUUGGUUGAUACCAACUUCAUCACCCGGGAGCAAAUGAUGAGAAAAAGCAUGGCCACAAUCGCCAUCAACUCGGCUGCCACACAGGCAGCAGCCGAGGAGGAAACCGUCGUUGGUGAUAAAGAUGGCCAGGAAAACGCUGAUGAUAAGGAUGAUUUUAUCACCGUGCAUCAUCAUCACCACAACCACAAUAACAAUCGAAAAAAGUUCAACAACAAUAAUAAUAAUAGUCACAUUCGAAGAAGGGAAAACGCCAAGGUAACGUGGAAUUUGCAACCGAAUCCGGUGCAAAAAAGUCAGUAAUGCACAUUGAAUUUUCUUUUGAGGAUGGUACAGAAUCAAGUUUGCUUACGCCUACAAUGCCAUUACAUUAGAGUUGUGUUUCUCAACGCUUGGUUUAUCCGCUCAUUUGCCGGGAAUUGUCAUUCAUUCCGUGUUAAAUUGACAAAUCCGUUCAAAACAUGUCGAUUUGGUGUGGAGUGAUAUGUACUUUGGUAGUUUUUUUGUGUUGUUUAUUUUUCUAUUUCUAUUAUACUUAUCAAAACAGAGGUUUAUUUUCUAGAUAUUUUCUCCACUAGUGUAACUUUUCCUGAAACAAUUUUCCAAUAUAUGCCAACACACACACAUUACCCCAGUAGAAUACUUCAAAAUAGACCUAAAAUGUUACAUCGUGUGGAACAAUCGAGUGUCUGUUGAGAUCUCAUAUGAAAACAAACACACAGAUUUUGAUACGGUAGGCUUACACUUAUAAAAUUAUCAAAAAACUUUAUGAAGAGAUCCAUAGAAUCGUAGAUACAAACAAAAAACCAUAUAAAUCAACUAAAAUCGUGUGUUAAACGAAACAAACAUAAUGAAAUCUAUUGCACCGCAUUGUGGGGCAUGUUGCACACGUGUUGAAACAUUGUAAUUGUCUGUGAUACCUUAGCUAGCCGAACUUGGACUUGCUUCAUCCUUUGGGAGUGAAAAUCUGUAAAUCAAAGGAUAUACAACAUUUUUAUCUAGUGCAAAUGCAAAUCAAGUUGGUUAGUUACUUUACUUUUCAAGAAAACUAGUUUUUAAAUAGUGAACAAAUAAGUAGCCAUUUAUCGGGCAUGAAAAUUGUACUAGUGCAUUAUUUAGAUGGUCAAUAAAAAUUACUUUUAACUAA